AAUUUAUUCGCGUUCCAAUUUAUUUUAGAAAUUUGAAAUUAACAAAAAAUAUAAUCAUUUUAUGUAGGUAGGUAAUUCGUUAAUAAGUGAAAUAUUUUUUUGAAAAUUAUCAUGUUCGCGUCGUAAAUAUACGCAGCUAAUGUUUAUUUUGGGACAAAGAAGUCGUUAGUUAAUCAGUGUUUAUUUUAGAGUUCAUAAUAUUUUACUGUUCUAAAAUAAUUAUAAGCCAAAUGAAUACCAUUGAUUAAGAGAAAAUGCCGAAAAUUCCAUAUAAAGUUGAGAAGCAAGAGGACGAUGAAGAUUACGAGAUCGUCUCCUUCGAGGACUUUUGCGAUAAAUCCCCAAGCGCUAAAGCGGAUUUAUUGACUCUAAACGAUAAUAUAAAUUAUCGUUUGUACUAUGAGAGUGGUAAAGAAGGUAAACUCGGUGAGGCCGGUGAACCUUCGGGCGUAAAUGACCAUACAGAAACAUCGCUAAAUGGGUCGAAAACAUCGCACAAGAAAAAGGUUCCGUUUGCGCCGUUCGGGAAGAGUGACAAAUCUCGACGAGGAUCAUUGUUUAGCGGCGUGAUACCGAAAUCACGACCUGAUGGUGAUUCUAUGAGAGAACACAGAUACGAGCGUUUCUCACCCCGUCGUGGCUGUCUAAACCGCUGGUUGGAACAAGCGGCAGGUCUCUUGCCAGGGAUGUUGGUAGCGGGGCUGUUGUGUGCGCUGGGCGUGGCCACGUGGUGGGCCGUGGGGGGUGCGCUCGCAGGGGGGUGGGGGGAUGAUCAGUAUCGGAAAUUAUGGGAAAGAGUUCAUCCAGAUGAAGUGAAAAAUGUAAUUGUGCCGUUGAAUGUUGAAAAGCCAGUGAAAACCGAAUACCGCCUCCACGAUCACAACAACCUGAGCACAAAGAACAGAAGCAACGCAACCGACAACAAAAAGAAGGAAGUCAAGAAGGGUUUUCUGGAACAUUCUCCGGAGGUGAUGAAGGAGUUAUGUGCAAGGGUGGUGGAUGAUGCAAUGCGGUUCGACUGCUUUCCGCAAGAUGGCGCUAAUGAAGAUGAGUGUGUGAAACGAGGAUGUUGCUGGAACGCCAAAGAGCACCUGCCGUACUGUUUCUACCCGCCCCAAUACGAAACGUACCAAUUCAUGAACAGCACAGAGAACAAGCACGGCAUGACCGUGUAUUAUUCCCGCGCUUUUGACACCGGAUAUCCGGGGCAGUUUGAUGUUGCCAGGAUCGAUUUUAAUUACCUCACAGAUGAUAUAUUGCAAGUUAAGAUAUCAGACGCAGAGCACAAACGCUUCGAACCCACGUACCCCGAAGUGCCGCUUGUUUUCGGUUCGGUUUCUCAUGUACGUUAUAGAGUACAAGUUGAUAGUUCGGCUGUUGGGUUCAAAGUCAUAAGGAAUGAGGAUAAUGUUACCAUUUGGAACGCCCAGAACGUAGGUGGACUGAUACUAUCGGAUAAAUUCCUGCAACUAUCCACAAUACUACCAACGAACUAUACAUAUGGUUUCGGUGAGAAACAAGCGAGAUUCCUCAACGAUAUGAACUGGAAGACGCACACGUUGUUUAAUUAUGAUAUACCUCCUACGGAAGAUGUGAAUCUAUACGGAAGUCAUCCAUUCUACCUGGCGCUAGAGACCAACGGCAACAGUCACGGUGCUUUGCUGCUCAACUCUAAUGCUAUGGACAUAGUCCUUCAACCGACACCAGCCAUAACAUACCGUACGAUCGGAGGCAUACUAAACUUCUACAUAUUUUUGGGCCCAAGCCCCAGCGACGUUGUGUCCCAGUAUACAGAAAUAAUUGGGAAGCCGUUCAUGCCCCCGUAUUGGGCGUUGGGAUUCCAUUUGUGCAAGUACAAUUAUGGAUCGCUAAAUGUGACUCGCGACGUGUGGAAGAAGAACAGAGAUGCAGGAAUACCUUUUGAUGUACAAUGGAACGAUCUGGACUACAUGAAGAAUGCAAACGAUUUUACAUACGACACGGACAAAUUUGCCGGUUUACCCGAAUUUGUGAAGGAAUUACAUGAUGCCGGCAUGCAUUAUGUUAUGCUUUUUGACCCUGGCGUAAGUGCAUCGGAGAAGGCAGGUGAAUAUCCACCAUUUGACCGUGGGCUUGAAAUGAAUGUGUUCAUUAAAAACUCUACAGAUCAACCGUUUGUUGCUAAGGUAUGGAAUAAGGUAUCAACAGUGUGGCCGGAUUUCACGCAUCCAAACGCUUCAGCGUAUUGGAAGGAAAUGAUGGUGGACUUUCAUAGGAAAAUCAACUUUGAUGGUGCUUGGAUUGACAUGAACGAGCCCUCCAACUUCCUCUCGGGGCCCUUACAGGGCACAUGUGCCCCAGAACAAAUCCCCUAUAAGCCCUACAGGAUCAAAACGCUACGGGAAAAAACUAUUUGUAUGGACGCGAAGCAUUUUGCGAGCGAACACUAUAAUGUACAUAAUGUGUAUGCUAAUGCUGAAGCGGAAACUACGUAUAGGGCAUUAGAAGAAAUCCGGGGCAAACGGUCGCUAAUAAUAUCCCGGGCAUCUUUCCCCGGCCUGGGGCAGUUUGCGGGCCACUGGAGCGGUGAUGUGUUCAGUAGAUGGCAUGAUUUGAGGGCUAGUAUACCGCAACUACUAAGCUUCAGUCUUUUCGGUAUACCGUUAAUGGGCGCGGAUAUUUGCGGCUUCAACGAGGACACAACGCCAGAGUUGUGUACACGUUGGAUGCAGCUGGGUGCGUUCUACCCGUUCUCGAGGAACCAUAACUCCGAUACUUCUAAGCCGCAAGACCCAGCAAGUCUCGGUAUAAUAGAGGCCAGUCGCACAGCACUGCGCACGCGAUACCGCCUGCUGCCGCUAUACUAUACCGCGUUUUGGUGUGCGCAUGCACAUGGGCAUACUGUAGCGAGACCGCUGUUCUUUGAAUUCCCAACGGAAACGAAAAUAUACGACAUCGACACGCAAUUCCUGAUCGGCUCGCACGUUAUGGUGACCGGGAUACUGGAGGAAGGCGCGAACAGCACGCAAGUGUUCUACCCGGGGGCAGACCCGUGGUACAGUCUGGCGGGCAGGCUGCUGGCGCGGGGCAGCUGGGGCACUGUGGGGCAACACGAGCUGCUCGCUGUGCGGGGCGGUGGUAUAAUCCCAUUACAAGAACCACCCGCGCACGGGCCGGUAUCCACGGCCACUACACGCAGUUCCCCGCUACAGUUACUCGCUGCUCCCUCUAGAGAGGGAAUAGCCUCUGGGAACUUAUAUUGGGACGAUGGGCAGAGUUUACACAGCUACGAAGAGAAGAAAUAUACGCACAUUAUAUUCAAACUGAAAGACAACGAACUGACCAGCUCCAUACAGUGGUGGGGAUACGGCGUGCCACAAAUAAAUCAAAUUAAAAUAUUAAAUCAAGACGCCAUUAAAAUUGUCACGGUUAAUAAUGAAACUGCGAAGUUUUCGUACGACGAUAAGAUUAAAGUACUGACUAUUGAUUGUAAUAUCAAUUUGGAUAAACCUUUCAGUGUUAAAUGGACGCAUAAGAAUUGAUCUGUUUUGAAACUUUUUGCAAUAUAAAUAAAAUAACUUUUUAGAAGGGGAUUUAUAUUAGAUUUUUUUCCAUAAAAUAGCCUUUUUCUAGCAGUUUUCAAAAAAUAUGUAGCAUGUUUAGUUAAAUAUAUAAGUUUCUAGCCAAUUUUUGAGAUAUUUAGUAGUAUAAUAACAUUAUUAAAUGUCGAAGUAGAUUUCCAAUUCAAAUUUCAUAAUAGGAAUUAAUAAAAUGAAUAAAUAUGAACAUUUUGUAGAAUUUUAGUGUCCCCGUAGUACGAAAAUAACAAAGUUUUUUAUAUUUUCAUUAAAUAUAAUACAAAAGAACACCAAUUUAAUAAUCGUGUUAAUAAAAAAGUAAAAUUAUUGUUAGGUUUUCGUCAAUAUAUCUCUAUACAGCGGAAUUUAAUGCUUCGAAAUGUUCAACUUUAGCAAUAUAUUUAUAUAAUAUUAAAGAUUCAUAGACAAAUAAGUUAAAAGUAUAUGAUGUGACAAAAAUAAAUACGAUAUUAUUAUGUUUCUGUGUGAGAAUAUGUUUUUAAACAAUUAAGGUAAUGUAACCUUUAAUAUAUAAUAAAAAAUAUAUCUAUCUGAUACUUUAAAUACGGAAUUCAAUAUUAAGCAGCUAUGUAUUAUAUAUUUUCCCUUAAAAAUAUUCAAGUAAAUAAAGAAUAUUAAAUAUAUAUUUAUAAUAUAUCAUGUGAGCGUUGAUCUCAAUGUAUAACGAAUUGUGAACUAUUGCCAAUUAUAAUAUUAUGUAUUAAAAUAUAAUAAAAAAAUAUAUCUAAUGAGGCCAUGUUUU